AUGACAACCAAUCAGGACACCGAGGCAAGCGAGGAGGAUAGCCUGAUGGCCCUGGCGAACGAGCAGCUUGAACGUGAGCUGCUCCAGAGUCAGAAACCCACUCUCGCUACAUACCGAGCGCCCCGACGCGUGGUGUCUCUCGGCAUCUCCCCCAGCUACGUCAAAGACUGGAUGCCAGCAGAUGCUUUUCGGGAAACGUAUCAAAAUCGGAAGGACGCCAUCAUAGAAAGAUUCAAUCUUGACCGUCAGAGCUUCCAGCCAUUCUUGGAAGACCACGGUGACAAUCUCUCAAUCGUUGUUUUCGACCAGAACCUUGCCGACCAGCCAGCGGAGCGUGAGAAUCGACGCGCACUGGGUUUCAUUCAGUACGAAAAAAAGACCGGUCGGAUCACGAUCGCAAAUGCAUGCAUGCAACUACCCGUCAAUGCUCUAGCUAUGGGAUUCUCAACCAAAGAUGUCCACGGUGCCCACGACCUUCUUGUGGGACGUCACGGCGAGGGUCCCAAGCUGGCGGCCUUGGUUCUCUCUCGAGAUAGCUACAACAAAACCAAGCCAAUCGAGUGGACCGAUCCUGCCCUAGACAUGGCAAGUCUACGUUACCAUCUGGGGAGGGACGUGGCAGUGGUGAUCGGCGCGACGCGGGCCAAGCCAGGCCUGUUGUAG